ACUCCAAUUAUAUAAUACAAUUAUCAAUAUUCCCCAUCCGAAUGAAUAAAGUGAUAUCAUCAUAGAAAGACAGUCAUCAUCCCUCUUACCGCCAAUAAUAAACUGUUUUUUUUUACAAUUUCAACCAAUUAGCUAGUAAUUUCACGUUCAUGAUGAGUGAUCAGUCUGGUGACGACGAUUUCGUCAACCCUCCCUCCUCUUGUUCAAGAACAACAGAGCCAGUCACGCCAUCGACUUCUUCCAAGCGGAAAGCAGCCACUCCCACCAGCAGCAAAUCAUCAAAGAAAAAGAAGGGUGACGAUGAUGACGCCAAGGAGGAGGAAUUGCCAACUUUUAAAUUUCUUAAACUUGACUCGGAUGAGGAUGAUAACGAGGAAGAUGAACUGGUGGUGAAACAAGAGUGGGCAAUGGUGGAGAGCAAAGAGGGAGGAACAAGAUAUUUUAGAGGCACACCCACCAGUCCCCCGAACGAGGUUAUGUCAACCGAAAAAUUAAUCUGCGAGAGGAUAAGGCCGGUACUGACUGGUGGAAAAUCACCAAAGCCUUGAGUACGGCCAAGAGGAUGUCGAAUAAGUCAGAGGAUGAAGGAGAUAAUAAAUUACGUGAAUUUAUCUGCACUUUGGCACGAACGGUGGAUAGAGAUGAAGAGAUGGGAUCCCAACAGUCGACCAUUUCUGAUCUGACCCCUCUCACCCCCGAAUUUAUUACGGGACGAUAUCCCCCACUCACUGCUGCAGAGAGAAAGAUUGCAGAGACUAAGAUACGACAAGCGGGGGCAGACGGUUUGAUGGUUCCGGGAACAACGUCAAGGGUGGCGUGGUCACCACCAAAUCAAAACCGGGCGUAUGGAUUAUUCGUAUACUUGAAACCAAACACGAAAUAUAAUUUUAUUUGUGCCGAGAUUCCAAACUGUGUGAAGACAACGUCCACUAUUAUGGAACAGAUCCCAAGAUGUGAAAUCCACAAAGGAAAACAAAUUGGUUUUGUCUUGUGCCAAUUUACGGAUGGGGCAAAUAAGAAGCACAACGUUAUCCUCCACGUUAUUGCCUCUUUCACACACAGUUAUGGGGAUGAAAAACAAGCUCACGCCACACGGGCAAUCAAUUCUCAGAUUAACAAAUCGGUGUGGAACGUAUACUCCAAAGAGCGUAAAGCAGCCAAGAAACCAGUCCCCGAAUUAGUUGAACUUGAAGAGCGCCGCCUCUACUUUGAUGAUGAGGAUGAAUUGAUGAAAAUUUAUUCGGCACGACAGACUACGACCCUAUUUCAAUUGCUCUUGUGGCCCGAUACAACCAUCAAAAUAAUUUGCCUACAUGUGAACAUUAACCUCCCCAAUGGUGCGUAUAAGGAGUUAGUCGACGAGAUGGAUCUAUGUGGGAUGGAGCUUAGAAUUCAUGAUAAGCUGUCAUCAUCAGCAGUAGCAGCAAUUACUCUGGAGGAGAGUCUCAAAAUUCCAUUUCUCAUCAGAGCAGAAAAGGGUGAAAGUAUAGGGACGUUGUUGUCACACGGGAAAAACAAGAUGAAAGAGAAGAUCGCUGCAUUAUACUUUUUCUCGAGUCCGUAUGUAAUUUAUGCUGGACAAGCCCUCAAAAGUGGCGUGCACGGUAACUCUUUCAAUCAUGCAGACCCCAUCGUCGACUACAAAAAUAACAAGCCACCCUCCCAUCCUGACCCCAAGAUUGUCCCAAUUGGACUCGUUCGUGACGAUGAGCGAUACAAGUGGGAGUGUCAUCUCCAAAUUUGUGCCCUGAUAGCAUCACUCUUACGACUCCGAAACUGUAUAAAUCCGUCCGAUUUCUCUGCCCAAUCUCACCCUCUUUGUAUUAAUAGACAGAUCAAUUCGAGUUUUGUAGAUAAAAAGUCGUGGGGAAUUGUACACGGGUAUUUAAUGGAAAAGUUUUCAGUAGAUGUUAGUUUAGGACCUAAAGUGUCCGACCAGGAAUAAUGGUGAUGAUAAUUUACAAUUUUGUUUUGAAUGGAUUGUCAUGUAAGUAAAUGAAUUAAUUACCGAGGCAACCUCAGCUUAAAGAAAUGUCACAAAUGCAAAUGCAAACGCUCAGGAAGGCUUGGGAAUAAAAACAUCUAUA